AUGCUUCCGCUACCAGCAACCCGCGCCGGUCUCGCUCGGCUGCAGCGCUGGCAGCUCAUUCACCGAACCAUGCCGGACCCAUCCUCGCAUCGACGCCGUGCCAGCAGCGGCAGUAUCGGCGUCGAAGAGGCAGCGGCCGAACCCGAGCACCAUGGAGCCACGGCCGAGACGGAGCAGCAGCAGCAGCAGCAGCAGCAGCAGGGGGGCGAGAUGCCGGCAUGUUCCGCAGAGAAAACGACUCCUCCUCCUCCUCCUCCUCAAGCCUCUCCUCCCGACUGGCCCAUGGGACGAAUCCCCGUCGAGAUCUUCGAGCUCAUCACCUCGUACCUCUCGCGGGCCGAGGUCAAGUCCCUGCGCCUAGUCUGCCGCGAGUUCGAAAUCAGUGUGUCGGCCCAAUACUUUCGCAACGUCGUCGUUCCCUUCAAGGCCGAGCUCUACUCCUACCCCAACCAUAGAAACGGUGGCCCCGCCGCCAGCAAGCCCAAGCUCCUCUUGGACGGCAUGCGCAUCUUUCACUCCUUUGGCCCCCACAUUCUUCGCUUCGCCCUCUCCCUCGAAGUCGACGAGGACUUGCUCGCCUAUCCGCCCAUCAAGACGGUCCAAAGGGCCGUCCCGUCCUUCUGGGGCAUCUACCGCUGGCCUCACGAUGACUAUCGCCGCUAUCACGACCUCGAGGACAUCGAACGCACCGCCGAUGAGACCGGCUGCAUGAGGGAGGCUCUCCGUUGCCUCACAAAGGUCAGGAACCUCGGACUCUGCUGUGACGCCGGCCUCGGCUUUCUCUUCGGCCCCGACUGCGUCGCCCGGAGCGCCGCCGUCCGGCACCCGGUCUUUGCCACUCGGGACUGGCGCUCCGAGCCCGCCCUGUCUGGCGCUGCCAACAGGUCCCUAGUCGCCCUCGGCAACCCGAGCCACUCUGGAUUGGAUCCCGCAUACUCUGUCCAGGGCCCCUUCACCACGGUUAAGCGCCUGACCCUACUCAAGAUGCUCAUCGACGCCGGCUAUGUCGGCGAUGAGCAGGUUCAAAACGCCCUUCGCCUCAUGCUCAACACCGAAGGCACCACAGUGGAAACGAUUGACCUUGACGGCAGAUCGACCCCCGUCCGCAAGCUGGAACAAAUUUACACUCGCCUUCUCGGCACACCGGACCGCCCUUCCACCCGUCCCCUCAUCCCGGCCGACCUCACCAUGGCUCAGAGGGAGAUGCUUCUCGAGCUCGAGUGGGCACAUCGCGCCAUGAUUCAGUCCUACGUCAUCGGCCUGAUUGACAAUGCCGCGCUUGGGUGCUUCACAAACGUCACCACCCUGACCAUUGCCAAGAUCCCAAGCAGCCAUCUCCACAUCUUGUGCCGCGAUGACCUCUGGGGCAGUAUCCCGAGCCUCAAGAACGUGUUUCUGGGCGUCAUCGCCGAUUGGAGGUCAGUUGCCGUGUCGACCCCGGGGUUUGUCCAAGACAGGCCCGUGUCUCCCGUCCACGCGGUUGGCAAGGCCUUCAGACUGCUCAACGACUACAUCGGCAAGCAACCAAACAUUGAGAGCAUCCAUUUCGAGUGGAUCUGCGGCGGCGAGCUGGCACCUGGCUUCCGCUACCGCAAUAUGCACAUCCUGCCUGCCCCCUUCUUCGAAACCACCGACUUCAUGACAGCUACCACGGGGCUCACGGACCACCUGGACCAGCUUCUUUGUCUCCCCCACGCCUUGCACCUGUCGCUCAAGAACUGCUGGGCCCCACCCCACGUCCUGCUGCAGACAGUCCGGCAAAUGGCGCUCUCGUCGUUGGAGAAGCUCGAGUUGGAGUCGGUCUCGCUCUCAGGCCCUCCCACCGCUGUCCGGCAGGCUUCGAUCGCGCAGUUCCUGCGCCACUCCACCCUUGUCUACUAUGGGCCCGGGCAUGUUAGUUUCAGCGACCUGGUGCACAAUGGGAUGCCUGGUGGCACAGGCCUAGUCCCGGCUCCCUUGCCAGUGGCCCCUGGCGCCAACGACAAUCAGGCCUUCGACCCGGCUCAGGCCCUUGACCCGGCUCAGAAUGCCCAGCCGACAACUGAACAACCGGGAUUGAUGUCAUGGCCUGGACUCAUGGAGCACUUCUCGCCAAGCUUCAAGCCUCAGCAGCAGCAGGUCCCGGAAAGCAACAACGGCCAGGCCUCCUGGGCACAUCUCGAGGCCUUGUCCAAGUAUCUGCCCAAUACCCAUCGACUGACUUCUGACCAGAGCCGUUACCGGCUGAAGUCAUUAUCGUUCAAGUCGUGCGGCUACGCGGCCGUCGACCUUGCUUACAUCAAGUCGCGAUCCCUCAUACCGCCAAACGCGUCAAUCUUGCCAAAUAUGAACAUCAUUGACGGCGAAGAGUUGAUCUAUCAGAUGCAGCGGUGCGGGGAUAAGAGACUGGGACUGAUUAUUCCUUACAUUCAUCCGCACGAACUGGUGACUCUGGAGUCUACGUUCGGCAUGGUCAUGGGCUGGGAAAAUGUUUACGACGAGCGAACCAUUGAGGAUGCCCUCGCCGAUGGCAUAGAGCAUCCUGGCUUGGGUCGCUUUUCCGGUGUUAUCGAGCUUGAUCCUGGACGCUGA